AGCUUCAGCGUUGCUGUCCCGAACUUUGCGACAACCACCAACCAUCAACACCACCACCACUUGCCUCGUCCACCACCGUCAACAACCUUGACGAUUUAACGUUUAAUUCAAUUCAAUUCACUCCUUUACACCUUUUAUUUAUUUAUUUUCCCAAUCUCACAAUGCUCGACAAACUCACCGGCCUCGCCAUGCUAGCAGCAGCCUCCGCCGUCUUCCUCUACUACACAAUCUGGACUCUUCUUAUGCCCUUCGUAGACUCCGACCACCCCCUCCAAAACUUCUUCCCCCCCCGCGUCUGGGCCAUCCGUCUCCCCGUCAUCCUUGUCCUCCUCGGCUCCGCCGUCGUCGGCUCCUUCCUCUCCAUCGUCAUGAUCAGGUCCAACCGCAAAAAGGCCCUCAAGGCCGCCAAGGCGGCCGAGGAGGCGGCCAAGAAGAAGUCUUGAAUCAAACACUACGCUAUUUGUUUUGCAUUGUUGGAGGAGGAGGAGGAGGCCAUUAUCACUGUGAAGAAGGAUGGGUUGAUUUAGCCCAGGGUGGCAGGCAGUUCGUGAGAAAAGGAAGGGAUCUAUCUAUCUAUAAUACACCACAACCAUCUUGUUGGGACAACAACAACAACAACAACAACAGCAACAAGUGGGAAAUAACGAGACAGAGAGAAAGUGAAAAAAAAAGGAAAAAAGACUAAUAAAAUACCUUGCCUACCCUUGCUCCUCCAACAGAAGAGCAAGAUCAAAACACACCAAGAGCCACAUAUUGUCUCAUAUCAACCAAUGCAACCUGUCGGCCAUUAUAUCAAAAA